UGCAAAUUCCUUUGUUUUACAGAUCCUGCCUGUUCAAGAAAGCUACAGAAGUUAGAGUAAAUGAGUGAUUAUAUAAAGGCAUCAAGUCAAAUUCACGACUGAUAUAAACCGGCGCUUCAUCAUGCCAGCAUAGGCAAUUAAAAUCUGGAAGACUUGAUUUCAAAGCUUAUGCCAGUGAUUUUCAAAGGAAGGACAUCUACAUGAAGAACUACAAAGGGAUUUGAUUUGAGAAGAUCCAGUGUCGCAAAAAUGACUUCAUGUUGUAUGAUUCCAGUGUUUGCUUUGAUGGUUUUAUGUUUAGCAGCUGCAGGUCCUGUGCCUAGAAGUGAAUGUGUGUUAUCACCGGUCAAUAGUUCCCACCCAGUUCAUGCCUUGCUGGAGAGCUUUACAGUCUUAUCUGGUUGUGCAAGCAGAGGCACAACUGGCCUGCCACAGGAAGUGCAUAUCCUCAACCUCAGAAAUCCAGAGGAAGGGCUUGGCCAUCAUGAAAAAGAGGUCACAUUACAUUUGAGUCCCAUUUCCUCAGUGCACAUUCACCAUAAGCCUGUGGUGUUCCUACUGAAUUCUCCUCAGGCCCUCACCUGGAGGAUAAAAUCAGAAAGACUGGCAUCUGGAGUCCGAAGAUUUUUCCUUGUAUCUCCAGGUUCCAUUGUUCAAUUUGAGAAGGGGAAUUUCUCCUUGGCAGUGGAAAUUAAGGAAAAGACUUUCCCUCAGGGAAAUGAACAUCUAUUGCAGUGGGCCCAAAAGGAAUAUGGAGCAGUCACAUCUUUCACUGAACUGAAAAUAUCGAGAAAUGUUUACAUCAAAGUGGGAGAAGAUCAAGUUUUUCCUCCAACAUGCAACAUAGAAAAGAAUUUUCUCUCUCUAAAUUACCUUGCGGGAUAUCUACAACCAAAGACAGCAGAAGGAUGCCUUAUGUCUGCCACUGACCAAGAAAGAGAGGUUCAUAUUAUUGAAUUAAUCACUCCAAAUUCCAAUCCCUACAGUGCUUUCCAGGUGGAUAUAAUCAUUGACAUUAGACCAUCUCAACUAGACGUCAUACUUGUCAGGGACCUCGUACUUAUCCUCAAGUGUAAAAAGUCUGUCAAUUGGGUUAUCAAGUCACAUGAUGUUCAGGGAAAACUGGAAGUAAUUGCACCAAACAGUAUUGGCUUUGGAAAAGAAACAGAACGCUCUAUGACUAUGACUAAAUUAAUAGUACCUGAUGUUCCCUCGUCUCAUGAGAAUUUGAUUAAGUGGGCUUAUGACCAUGACUACAGCCCUGUUACUUCCUACACAAAAGCCCCCGUGGCUAAUAGGUUCCAUGUACGAAUUGAAGAUACUGAUGAGAUGAAUGACGAAGACCACCCUUUUCCUCCUGAACUGCUAGAUACUAACCCUCUGCCUGCUCUGAAAGAGCCCACAUUAAGUGACAGCUUUGGUUUUCCUUUUCACAUUAACAAUGGAAGGCAUGAAAAGGCGGGAGAAGGAAUCUCCUUAUCAAGGGAUACGGCAGACACAACCAUAAAGAAUAGUUUUUAUGAGCAGCUGCUUCGGAAAUCGGAAGAACCUGAAGAGGUGCAGGGAAGCAUUGAUGUAGCCCUCUCAGUAAGAUGUGAUGACAAAACAAUGACUGUUGCAGUAGAAAAAGACUCCUUGCAGGCUAAUGGUUACAUGGGGAGAGAACUCUCACUACUAGAUCCUGCCUGUAAAGCGAAGAUGAAUGGAACCCAUUUCAUUUUGGAAUCUUCAUUGCAGAGUUGUGGGACUCAGAAAGGCUAUGCCUUGGAUAACAUAGUUUAUUUUAACUCUAUUGUUAUUCAGCUGUCAUCACAAGUGGAAAGUAGUGGUUGGGGAAUUGAUGAUGAAGAUGUCGAAUCAGGUGAUAAUGCAUUUCCAGGAGACACUGAUGAAGCCGAUGUUACCUUUCCAUCAUCUGAAACAGUUGUGUUCAAUUGCACACUCCACCAGGCAGAGCGUGACAAACCCUCACAUAAACCUGCCCUGUAUUGGCCUCCUGAACCUCAUAUCACCAAUGUGACCUUCAACAUGGAGCUUUAUAAAACAGACCUCUUCCUUGCUCCAUCACAAGGACUCUUCUCCGUUGCUGAGAAUGGACACAUUUAUGUUGAGGUUUCUGUGACUAAAGCUGACAGAGCCCUGGGCUUUGCAAUCCAAACAUGUUUUAUUUCUCCAUAUUCAAACCCCGAUAGGAUGUCUGAUUACACCAUCAUAGAAAACAUUUGUCCUAAAGAUGAAUCUGUUAAAUUCUACAAUGUCCAGAAGGUGAACUUUCCUAUACCACAUGCACAGAUGGACAAAAAGAGAUUUAGCUUUGUGUUUAAACCUGUUUUCAACAUCUCCCUGCUCUUUCUUCAUUGUGAUCUGACUUUGUGUACAAAUAAAGAAAAAGACAUUCAAGGACUGCCUAAGUGCAUUCCUCCUGAUGAAGCCUGCACCUCGCUCAAUGUUGAGAUGAUCUUGGCCAUGAUGCACAAUGAGAAAACUUUCACCAAGCCCCUUGCUGUAAUAACCCACGAAGAAAAGCCAAAAGAUCCACCUCCUCACAAGCCAAAAGGCAGUGGGAUGCAGCCACCAGUUUUCUAUGGGCUGGACACUCUGACUGUUGUGGGCAUCGCCUUUGCAGCAUUUGUGAUUGGAGCACUGCUGACAGGAGCACUGUGGUUUAUCUAUUCUCACACAGGACCUCUGCCUCAUUCAGUGCAGAAAAUGGACAAAAAAGGGGAAACAGCAGGAAGACAGCAGGUCCCCACAUCCCCACCAGCCUCUGAAAACAGCAGUGCCGCACACAGCAUUGGCAGUACACAAAGCACCCCCUGUUCUAGCAGCAGUACAGCCUAACCAAGGGUGAAAUAAGUCCAUGGAGCAACAUAGGAGGGCAGAGGUUCAAAGAGACAGUUUAUUGACAUUAAUCCUUUCAACUUUAGAAAGCUAAUUUGGUUUCUUUGGAGAAAUGAGGGAUUCUGCUGUAGAAAAUAAUCGCCUGAUCUUCUGGAUAAAUACAGUUUUUGGACCUUUCUACAGCAUGCUAUGCUACAUGAGACAAAGCUACUAAUUCUGCAGUACUGCGACCUGUUAAAAGGGUAUGUGGGCUCUCAAUGUGAAAUACGUGUGAGUUUGAAAAAUGCUGCUUUGUCUAUACAAAAUAAUGUUUAGUUUCACUGCCACAAGGUAUUUUGUAAAGGGAUUUUAACAAGAUAAGUAGAAUAAAGGAGAUCUUAGGUC